GUACAAUAAUAUAACACAACACGAGGUAGUAACAAUAAUCAAAGUAGAUAUGAUGUUGAGCAUUGCCAUAAUUGUCCCAUUCCUAUUUCUAGCUGACUUAGGUGCAGUUCAAUCUUUGGACCUUGACAUAUCAAAAUUUGGUGGAGCUCCAAAUGCAGAUAUAACCCAGGCUUUCAUAAGUGCUUGGAAUGAAGCAUGUGCAUCAACAACUGCAGUCAAAAUUGUGAUUCCAGCUGGUACAUACAAUAUGAGAGAAGUAGAUGUUAAGGGUCCUUGUAAGGCCCCUAUUGAAAUACAAGUUGAUGGCACAAUUAAAGCACCAGCAAACCCUGAUGAACUCAAAGGUGCUGAUCAAUGGGUCAAGAUUGGAUAUACGAACUUUUUAACCUUAUCAGGCAAAGGAGUUUUUGAUGGUCAAGGUGCAGCUGCUUGGAAACAAAAUGAUUGUUCAACAAACAAGAAUUGCAAGAUGCUUUGCAUGAAUUUCGGUUUUAAUUUCCUCAAUAACUCCAUCGUCCGCGACAUUACUUCUAAGGACAGCAAAAACUUCCAUGUUAAUGUUUUGGGUUGCAACAAUUUCACAUUUGAUGGCUUCACAGUUACUGCCCCCGCAACAAGCCUUAACACUGAUGGAAUCCACAUUGGAAGAUCAACUGAUGUUAAGGUUCUUAACACCAACAUUGGAACUGGAGAUGAUUGUGUCUCAUUGGGUGAUGGUGACAAACAAAUAACUGUUCAAAAUGUGCACUGUGGACCUGGUCAUGGUAUCAGUGUUGGAAGCCUUGGCAAGUAUACAACUGAAUCGCCUGUAGAAGGAGUUUUAAUUAAGAAUUGUACUUUGACAGAAACUGAUAAUGGUGUGAGGAUUAAGACUUGGCCUGAUGCACCAGGAACAAUUACUGUUACUGAUAUGAAUUUUGAAGAUAUUACUAUGGUUAAUGUCAGGAACCCUAUUAUUAUAGACCAAGAGUACUGUCCGUGGAACCAAUGCUCCAAAAAGAAUCCAUCAAAGAUAAAGAUAAGCAAGGUUUCAUUCAAGAACAUUAAGGGAACUUCAGCAACUCCAGAAGGAGUACUUCUAAUUUGCAGCAGUGGUGUACCUUGUGAUGGUGUGGAGCUAAAUAAUAUUGAUCUCACAUUCAAUGGAGCACCAGCAAAAGCUAACUGUUCUAAUGUCAAACCCAUAAUUACAGGAACAGCUCCUACUUGUCAAGCUUUAGCGUGAUCUUUAAGCGGCCACAGUACUUCUUAAUCAAUUUUCUAGACUUUUUUUUCUCUUUUUCUUUGAAGACAUACAAGCCAUCCCCAUAAUGCGAGGAUGUUGACCGGUAGUAGUAUAAUCCCUUGGAAAUAAACAACAUGACAUGUGUAUUAGAACCAUUGUCAUGUAUAUGUAAUCCUUCACAUUAUCAAUAGUUAAUUAUACAAUGUUUCAAAUAAA